AUGCUCAAGAUCUUUGGAUCGAGCGAUUAUUCCGAUGAAUCUUCGCCUCACGCAAGUCCAUCCAACGAUAUGACUCGUGGGGAUGGUGGUGAUGCACCUAUACAUCACCACGAGUGGAGUAAAUUAAGGGAUCGGGGUAACACUGGUGCCAGUGCUCAUGCUGGCACCAAUCAAGAGGCCAGGGACCAUCAUGCCCUGCGCCAUGAUCCUCAAGUGGAGUCUCCGUGGAUGCCGCCAUCCAGAGAGUUGGACCGGUUGUUCGGCACGACAACCGAACGGGAUCAAAUCCCUUGUUCGACUGCAGGGUGA